GAAAUGGGUGGUUUGUUAGCAAGUAAAUCAGAAUGGAUUGUAAAUGAUGAAGAAGAGCUGCAGAUAGAAGCUGAGAAUUUUUUCAGACCUGAACGAUGUACCUACUUUAAUAAAGUAAUGAAGCGUUUGGAAACUUUUCUACCUGUUUGUUCUGGUAUUGACUGCGAUUCAUUAGCAGAUGCUGGUUUCUAUUAUACGGGGGAGAAUAUUAGAUGCUUUACCUGUGGUGUCGUAAUCGUUUUUGGGCCGUGUACUGAUGAUUACUGGGUAGAACAUGCUAAAACGAGCCCAGGUUGUUCUUAUGUCAGAACACAAAAAGGUGCAGCCUAUAUCCAUAACUUGCUAUCCACAGAGGUAAAUUCUGAAAGUCACCCGGACGACGUGAAAGGAAAAAGAGCUUUAUUGUUUGAAACGUACUUGGAUCCUGAUGGCUCACGAUUUUAUGAUACAGGAACUGCUCAGAGUGCAAGAAUUAAUACUGUACUGAGAGGAUUGUUUGGAUGUUUGGAGCUAUUUCCUGAUCAAAAAUUUCAAAAGGAAAAGCAACGACCAAGUGUGAUAGUUGGUGCAAAAUAUCUUCUGAAAGGUAUAAAUGAUGCCAGAGUCCAAGAAUUGAGAUAUUUGCUCAGCAAAGAAAUAAGGAGUAAAUCAACUGAAGUGUUCGAAUUCAUUCGAUUGUUAGGUGAACAGCCAAGAAAUAGAGGCGAAGUGCAUGUAUUUAUUGUACAAAAUGUGAUGUCACGAUUAUCUAGCUACAGAGUUUGGCCCCAUCGUAACAUCCGUACAGGUCCUCUGGUAGAGGCGGGAUUUUCCUGUAAAGAACCUCAAACUUGUUUAGUUAAGUGCAUGUCAUGUGGACUUGAACUGAAUGCAUCAACUUUAAAUGAUACAACUCCACUUGAUUACCACAGGACACAGUCACCAGAUUGUGAAUUUUUCAAUGAAAGAAACUCGCCAGCAUCAGAUGGCCACCAAAUCAGGACUUCAAAUGAUUUAUCAACGGCCCAAGUUCUAUCAAGCGUCGAUAACCAUCAAAGAGCAAUGGAAUAUGCUGCUCAGACAGAACCACAGAUCAACCUGCAGAGUAUUGAUUCUCAAGGUCAGUCUCGGUCAGGAAAUAAGCAAGAAGAAAACGAUACACCACCACAAAUGCCUACAGUUCCUAAUGAUGGGAAUAUCCAUGUCGAUGAAGCGACUUUACUCAAUGAUGGUAGACAACUGCAAACAGAAAAUUCAUUUUCCUUAUUUUCAAACAGCGGAGCAGGUGUAUCUGAACCACUUAUUGCAGAGCGCCCUAGAACUGGACAAGGCUUUGAUAGAACUUCUCUACCUGCACCUGACAAUAAUGUUACUUCAAGAGGGGAAGCUGUGACAGAGAAUGAAAAUGUCAUAUUGGGUGCUGAGGGCAAUGAUAAUUCCUUCCCAAUACGUAACCCACGCUAUACAGAAGAGAAUGCUCGUCGUGAAACAUUCACACACUGGCCUCAUCGCUCGUCACACGACAUCGAUCGUCUAGUAAACUGUGGCUUCUUUUAUACAGGAGCCGAGGAUAUCGUCCGUUGCUUUUAUUGUGAUAUUGGACUUGCCGAAUGGAAUCCUGAUGAUGACCCUUGGGUGGAACACGCACGUCAUAGUCCGGAGUGCCCAUAUCUCAGGGCGAUAAAAGGUCAAGAUUACAUCAACAACAUUCAGACACAAUGGGCACGAAUUUACACGCCAAAACAUCCCCAGCAUUCACAAGUUGACACAAGACGAAGGACAUUUAAUAACGAGGCUUGGCCAAGGGACAAUGUUUUACAGACACCUGAUCAGCUCGCAGCAGCUGGAUUCUUUUACACAGGGGAGGGGGACACUGUUAGAUGUCACUACUGUGAUGGAGGUUUGAGGGAGUGGGAACCUGAAGAUAAUCCAUGGGUAGAACAUGCUCGCUGGUUUCCAUUCUGCAAGUUUGUAUUGAAGAUAAAAGGAAUAGAUUUCAUCCAGGCAUCUGCUACAGGAAAUCCCACUGCAAACGGGUUACCCACUCCUGCAGCACAACAGGUCACUGAAGCCCCACUUACAAUGAGCUUUGUUGAAGCGUGUAGAAUCCGGGAGCGAAGAAACCCUUUGUAUUCUGCUGCAGCUCAGAGUAUAAGAACUAUGGGUUAUUCCAAAUCAGCAAUCAAAAUGAUCAUCGACUUGUACAUUGCUCGCACCGGGAGACGAGACUUUAAUGCUACUCACUUGAUGGACAUCGUCAUGGAGAUGGAAGACGCAGGUCAGCAAUUCCCAGAAAAUGAUGGGGAGGAUGAUGAUGAAACAAGUAUGGGAGCUGCUGGAGGGAACAUCGCAAACAUAGUAGAAGAAGAAAUGGAACUGUCUCCAGCUGCAAUGAAGAAAGAGAAUGAGUACUUGAAGAUGAAGUUCAAGUGUAAGGUUUGUGAACGGCAGGAGAGAUGUAUUGUAUUUGUUCCUUGUGGCCACAGGGUCACGUGUCAGCAGUGUGGAGAACGGGCAGAUGUCUGUAUCCAUUGUAAAAGUAGGAUCGAUCAGCGAUAUAAAACCUACCUUAGUUAGAGAAUGUUUUAAUACCAUUUCAAAAAUGUGAACAGUUAUUAUUUUUGAUGUCAUGGAAUGAAAUGAUUCAUCAACGGGAUGAAAACUGAACAAAGGGUUUAUGAUUUGUCUUUUAUUUUUGACCUAUCACCCCAAUGCUUUCUAGUCACUGCAUUCAAAUUUGAACAGUUUUAUUCAAAGGCAAAUUCUGUCUUGCGUAUAUGGUAUCAUAGUUUCUCGUUAGUUAUCAUAUAUUUCACUGG